AUGAUUGCUUCCACAAUUUGGACAAUGAGCUCGAGAUAUUCAGGGAAGUCAGGGCAAAUGCUGUGCCGAUGUGGGCUACCGUCAUUGCUUUUCACAUCACGACAAACACAUAGUUACGGACGACAAUUCUAUAGGUGUCCGCGGUGGGGACAAGGACCGGACGACAGCAAAUUCUUCAGGUGGGCCGAUAGUGGAACUAUUUCUACGUGCUGCCAAUUGGACACAACUGCUAGGAGUUCAAUAGUGUCACAAGGGGAGAACGCCACAUGUGGUUUCGAGUUCUUCCGUUUCUACAAUAUCGCAGUCGGACAGUCCUUGUCUCCAUCUCUCUGCCUCUCUGGCUUACUGGAGAUGUCCUCAGGACGCAGAACGCACAAGCUGAGCACUGGUAUGCUUGUCUCCGGUCUGCCGCCGGCAGCUACCAAGGUCCGCGCAGCGAAGAUGUCAUCCGCGGCUGCUCCGUAUACUGGCGGCGACGUCCGAACGUCGUAUACUGGCGGCGGCGUGCGAACGUCCGGCGAGCUCGCCCGGAUGUUCGACAUUCCCAUCGACCGCCCCUCCGUCUCUACGCGCUCCCACUCCGGCCCCAUAGCUCGAAUCUCCGGCCAGUCAUCGACGAGGAUGACAUCCGGCCCGCUUCUUUCGCCGACGGGCCUCAUUACUUCUGGCCCAGUCGGCGAGUUUUCACUGGCGCCGGCGGCGAAGAAAAAGAUGGUCAGUCCGGGGGUGACGGUUGUGGAGAGCGAUAUUAGGGUUUGGUAUUGGUUGCCGAAGGUGUGGCUUGCGGUGAGCGCUGUAGCUUUUAUGCUUGCGAUUGGGUUGGGCGCGUUUUUGUGGGCAGCAGCUGGACGGCCGCAGAUUUUUCUUGGGUUUGUUGGGGCUGCAGUGGUGGUUGGAGUUGUGGCGCUGUGGAAUUGGACGAGAGGAAGGAGGGAGCUGGAAAGGUACUUCAGAAGUUAUCCUGAUACGGCCAUUAAUCCUAGGAACCUUCCUGUUGGUAAACUUGUUAAGAUCACCGGGCUCGUCACCUGUGGCAAUUGUUCUUUAGAAACAUCCUAUCAGAUUGUACCUAGAUGUGCGUAUACCUCCAUUGAAUUGUAUGAAUGCAAAGCAUGGAAUUUGUCUUUAGCUCCUUGUAUAGCUCAUUCAUGGACUUUGAGACACUCUGAGAGGCAUGUGACGGACUUUUAUGUAUCUACUCUGAAUAGUGGGACAAGAGUCCUUGUAAGAGCUGGAAAUGGAGUUAAGGUGGUUUCUUUUAUUAAACCUGCAAUCACUUUGCGCGUGUCAAUGAAAAACAAAGAGCAGUUUCCUUCCUUAUUGAGAUGGCUGCAAAAUCACAACAUUCCCAACAAUGACCUUAAAAUGAGAUUUGAAGAAGGGUAUAUCAGAGAGGGAAGCACUGUGAGUGUUAUAGGCACUCUCAAAACGCACGAGAACAUAAUUAUGAUUGAUCCACCCGAUGAAGCUUCAUCGACCGGUUGGCAAUGGAAGAGAUGCUUUUUACCGAUGCACGUCCAAGGACUCAUCCUUGUGGGAGAUGAAACUCCACCAGAGGAGCUAUGCCAUGUAUAAAUAUGUUCUUUGAGGCAGAUUUAAUGGCGAUAGAUUGGUACAUGUAUAUAUAUCCUUGGCUUUCUGCAGGCUUUUUCAUCAUGCUACUGGACUGCUAUGGAAGACGUGUGCAGGAAUUAUGGUUGCUUCAUGGUUUGGUAUUGAAUAUGUCUUUAUUACAUGUGAGUUCUUUGGAAAUAGUUUUGUUGUGUGGUGUUAUUCAUGUGUUUUAUGUAUAAUAGUAAAAUCCAAUAAAUGCUGUGGUUGGUUAGAUUAUGAAGGCGGCAUUCAUAAUUGUGAAGAUUGUAUUGAUCUGGCAUUGCAUAUAGAGCAGAAAUGUAUAUGAAUGUUUUGUUUUCAAUGGUAAAUUUUGUAUUUAACAAA